AUGAAGGCGCUUCAUAUUCUAGCCCAGAAGGCUAAAACAGAUAGAACUCAACACGUCUCAUUCAAGGUGCGCUAUCAAGAUAUACAGACGAUUCACGAUGAAUUUUUUGAUCAUCACAACAAGGUAAUUUUCGCGCUUUUGACUGAUCCUGAGUCUGAUUUGAAACCGGAAAAUUUGAUUCGACAGAGUUUUCUUUCUGAUUACUACGAUGUGAAAACAUGCUUUACCGAAUUAUUUGACGAAUACGUAAGUUCGCCAUCAGGACCAAGUCAUAAUAGUACAAUGUUAGGUUCACCCGCUAAUCAUGGAAAUAUUCGCCUACUUAAAAUAUCAUUAAUGAAAUUCAGUGGUGAUUACAAAGAUUUCACAUCUUUUCGAGAUCAGUUUGAUGCACUUGUGCACAACAAUCCAUCCUUAACUCCAAUAGAAAAAUUCACUUAUUUGGUUAGUUCUGUUCAAGGCUCUGCACUUUCUUUAGUUAAAACGUUACCUUCAACAUCGCCGAAUUACGUCAUCGCCUAUAAAAGUAUUGUUGAACGUUUUUCCAAUCGCCGCACACAGUCUCAGAGUCUGUGGACCGAAAUAGAGAACGCUCCUAAGAUCACAGUUCCUUCUGCAAAAUCUUAUAGGAAAUUGAUAGAUACCUUCACUGAAAACGUUGCUGCUUUAAACAACCUUAAAUUUCCAACUGACUCUUGGAAUUUUAUUUUAGUCAUGAUGAUUAUAAAACGCCUUGACAAGAAUACGCUAACACGUUUUGAAAUGGAGCAUCAAUCCAACGAAGUUCCAGCAUUCAGUGAAGUAAUUGAUUUCAUUAAUAGACAUUGUCUUGUUUUAGAAACGCUGGGAUCUUCAACUUUGCCAACAAUGAAUGAUAAACAAAAUACAAUGCAAAAAUCUGCUUCAUUUAUACGUCCCGCUUCAUCUCGUACUACUGCAUUUUUUGUCAACAAAUCGCCCGCCGCUACUUGUAUUUUUUGCCAAGCAAAUCAUUCGCUCUAUACUUGCUCUACGUUUGCUAAUAAGCCUGUUUCUGAUGGCUAUCACUUUUGUAAAGUAAACAAGCUAUGUUUCAAUUGUUUAAGUUCCUCUCAUGAUUUACGAUCUUGCAGAUCCUGCCAUACAUGUAAAGUAUGUAAGUCAACAUUUCAUCACACGCUUCUCCAUGACAACACUAAACUUCGCUCUGCUAAUGCUUCAAGUUCUUCACCAUCUGCAAUAUCCGCUAUGUCAAAUGGUCAAAAAUCAUUCCUAUCGCAAGCUAACUCAAAUCGCCCUGAUAAUGAUUCGACUUUCGUUGGUGCUGGGGUCAUGGCACUUCCCAGUCAUGUUCAUUUGUCUACUGCUUAUGUUGAUGUCUGUGAUGGCCGCGGUGCUUAUCAAUCUCUUAAAUGUUUAAUAGAUUCGGAUAGUAUGACUUGUUUCAUCACGGAAAAGGCAGUAGGACCUCUGAACUUGCGUAAAGUUCCUAAUUCUGUUGAGGUCAGAGGAAUGGGAUCCAUGAAUACUAAAUUGAGUGGUGGAUCAGUGUCACUAUCAUUGAAACCAGAAAUGUCAAAUAAUCCGAUUUCAUUCACUGAUGCUAUAGUUGUUGAUAAAAUUUGUGAAAAUUUACCUGUACAUCCAGUUUUUACUAAUUCAUGA